UUUAUUAAGUACGGGCUUUUGUGGUCAAAAACGUAUCUUGUCUUUAUCACGAAUAAUUUUCCUUGGCUAACAAUACUUGUUGUUUUGCCGAUAUCCGUCGGCUCUUGCAUUUUUUUUCUUCCUUAUAGAGGAAAUAAGAUGUUCAGGUGGUAUGCUAUAGGUAUUUGCUUGUUAGAACUCCUUUUAAUGACCCACGUUUUCUGUCAUCAUUUCCAAUUGGACGAUCCAUUAAUCCAAUUGGAAGAAGAUUUUAAAUGGAUAGAUAUUUUUGAUUUUCACUGGAGACUGGGAAUCGAUGGACUUUCCAUAGGACCCAUUUUACUGACAGGAUUUAUCACCAGUUUAGCUACUUUAGCAGCUUGGCCAGUUACUAAAAAUUCACAAUUGUUCUAUUUUCUCAUGCUAGCAAUGUACAGCGGUCAAAUAGGACCAUUUUCUUCUCGAGACCUUUUACUUUUUUUCAUGAUGUGGGAGUUAGAAUUAAUUCCUGUUUAUUUACUUUUAUCCAUGUGGGGAGGAAAGAACCGUCUCUACUCGGCGACAAAGUUUAUUUUGUACACGGCGGGGGGCUCCAUUUUUCUUUUAAUAGGAGUUUUGGGUAUGGGUUUAUAUGGUUCUAAUGAACCUACAUUAGAUUUUGGAAAAUUAGCUAAUCAAUCAUAUCCUGUGGCAUUGGAAAUAAUAUUAUAUUUUGGAUUCCUUAUUGCUUAUGCCGUCAAAUUGCCGAUUAUACCUCUACAUACUUGGUUACCCGAUACCCAUGGAGAAGCACAUUACAGUACAUGUAUGCUUCUGGCUGGAAUCUUAUUAAAAAUGGGAGCAUAUGGACUUAUUCGAAUCAAUAUGGAAUUAUUAUCCCACGCUCAUUCCAUAUUU